AGCGUCCCCCUCAGCCUCCCCCAGCCCUGAACACAGUCAUUAUCAUGCCUCCGCAAGCUGGAGCGCCUCCUCUCCCAUCCUGCGUUAGGAUGCAGGCGGUAAAUGUGCGGGACCGAGCGGAUGUGCGGUGAAGUGGGGAGGGUUGACGCGCACCUUGAGGGAGCCGCUGUCCUCUCCGACAGGUGAUCACCGCAGCUGGGCUCCGACUUCUGCGCAAAGUGCGGUUUUUUCUUUUUCCCGAGCUUGAAUGUGCAACUAUUUGGGGCCAAACGCAGAGAGCGUCUAACAUGUGGAGCUGAAAGGCAUCGGGAAGACUUCAGUGAGGAUGAGGAAAAGCAGACGUCGUGCAAGUAUGGGUCUCUCUGUGCUUUUCAGUUGGCUUAUAUUCACAGUGGUGAUACCCACCUGGCUGCUCGCAGCUCCAAGCGGCAUCCGGGAGCGCCGCUGCCCCUCCAGCUGCAGAUGUGAUGGGAAAAUAAUCUACUGCGAAUCGAAUGCCUUCCGCGACGUGCCAAACAACGUGUCCGUGAGCACGCAGGGCCUCUCCCUCCGCUACAACAGCCUGGUCAACCUCAGGGCCCGCCAGUUCGCAGGCCUCAGUCAGCUGGUUUGGCUCUACCUCGACCAUAAUUACAUCAACUCCGUGGACGGCCAGGCCUUCCACGGGAUCCGCAGACUCAAGGAGCUGAUUCUCAGCUCCAACAAGAUCACGCAGCUGAAGAACAACACGUUCCACGACGUCCCGAAUUUACGGAACCUCGACCUUUCCUACAACAAGCUGCAGGUUCUAAAGCCCAACCAGUUCUUGGGUCUGCGGAAGCUGCUCAGUUUGCAUUUAAGGUCAAACUCCUUAAAAACAAUCCCCAUGCGGGUUUUCCUCGACUGUCGCAACCUGGAGUUCCUGGAUAUCGGCUACAACCGGCUCCGGAGCCUGACGCGUAACGCUUUCGCCGGACUCCUAAAACUCAUCGAGCUCCAUUUGGAGCACAACCAGUUCUCAAAGAUAAACUUUGCCCAUUUCCCCCGCCUGACUAACCUGAGGGCCCUCUACCUGCAGUGGAACCGUAUCAGACUGCUAACCCAGGGCCUGCCUUGGAUGUGGACUUCCUUGCAAAAGCUGGACCUCUCAGGAAACGAGCUGGAAGUGCUGGAAGCUAGCACCUUCCAGUGCCUGCCUAACCUUCAGACUCUGAAUCUGGACUCCAACAAGCUCAGCAACGUGUCCCAGCAGACGGCGGAGACGUGGAUCUCCCUCACCACCAUCAGUCUGGCUGGGAACUUGUGGCACUGUAACCCCAACAUAUGCCCGCUAAUGUCCUGGCUCAAAGCCUUCAAGGGCAACAAGGAGACUACUAUGAUUUGUGCUAGCCCUAAGGAGGCCCAAGGAGAGAAAGUGACAGAUGUGGUGGAGACUUACAACAUCUGUACAGCAACUCUGACCCCAAUCCCCUCAACGACUUUGCCUCCCACUUCCCCUUUCCAGCCUGAAUUCCUGCCUCUUCCCACACAGCUGUGGGUGGAUAACGAGCUGACCCGGAAUAGGACGGCCUCGCCGCCUCCCUCCGAAGCCUCCCCCACCGUCCCCGUCCCCGACACCGACUACGUGUCCUUCCACAAGAUCAUCGCCGGCAGUGUGGCUCUUUUCUUAUCCGUGGCUAUAAUUCUGCUGGUGAUCUAUGUGUCAUGGAAGCACUAUCCCAGCAGCCUGAAACAGCUCCAGCAGCGCUCGGCGGUCAAGAAACGCCAGAAACAGGCGCGGCAGACAGAGCGCUCCUUUAACUCCCCACUGCAAGAGUACUAUGUGGACUACAAGCCCUCCCACUCAGAGACUAUGGAUAUGCUGGUUAAUGGGACGGGACCUUACACGUACACCAUCUCAGGCUCCAGGGAAUGCGAGGUAUGACCGUUGCCCUCCAAAAAUCCAUUUCCAGUGCGAGGCAUGCGAGAUACCACGGCAGCUGAAUCCCCUGGCUCUGUACAGGUGUGAGCAGUCAGUGCUGGAUCAGUGCCAUGCCCACCUGUCACUGCACCACAAUGUGGGCAUGGAGCCCUCCACUCGGGCGCUGGGAGGUUCGGGACCAGCCUUGUACCACCCGGGCCUAAUGGCUGCCCUCCCCUCCGAGCCUGUGCUGCCUUGCCCCCAGACUCACUCCCACCACCGGUGAGCCGUGCACACCGAGAGGCUCUCAACUCCUGUAUUUGUGCAACACAGAGUCAGCGAACUGCUCAAAGGAAAUAAAAGGUUGUGUGGGAGGAAACUGGGACUGGUAACGAAGCAAAGGAGACAGCUAAUCUACCGCAGAGCAUCCAGGAUCCAGGGUAAUGAAAAGAAAACAGUUUUUUUUAUCAGGAAUAAAAGGGGUGCAGCUGUAUUGAUCGGUGAGAAUCUGACCUACAUGGCCCCACAUCUCCUCAAUUAGCAAAGGAGGCUGAUGAGUAACGCGACUCCCCAAGUCCUACGUUCCUGCCAGGGGGAAUAAGGAUAGUAUUUUAAUGAUUUGUUAAUCUUAAUAAACACAUUUCCUCGACUUCUCAUAAUCUGGGCAGCUUUCCGCUGCGCAAGUAAUGAAAUGAUUAAUGCUACUUGCAGAGUCUGGUAGCAGAGCAAAUGAAAGAGUGGCCAAGCUGAAAGUUUCUUCUGCUCGACAUAAACCCCCCCCACCCCGACUGGCAUCAUUUGUUUGUUUUUUAUCCAUAAAACCAGGGAAAAAAACAUAACAAAGAGUCUGAAUAUAGCAGACAGUAAAGGCUAAUUUAAAGUGUACAGCCUCCACAGAUUCAAGUCUGAUUUUUAUGCUGUUUUAUGAUGUGAUGUUGAACCCGUUCAGAUUCGUUCAUCACAGCGGAGGAACUUUCCACCACGAAGCUGCACUGCGACACUUAGAUAUUUACUUUUCAUCGCUCAUUUAAAUCACUUUUGUGGUUAAUGGUUUUGGAUUCCAUAACGCAUUAUUAGACCAAUUAUCUAACUGUGCGCUCUUAAAGCUACAUGUGUGAUCUCUUUUUAUUUGUUUUUUUUACAAGAAGUUGCAAUAUGCGGUAAAUAAAACUGUGGUAAAUGAUCGGUAACAGUGUCGUUCAUCAACAUGCUUCGACCCCAACAACUGUCUGCUGUGUUUAGACAACUGCGGAGGUGGGUGGAAGAAGAGGAGCGCCGCGCUGGAGGCAAGACUGUUUAACAACAGUAUGUCUUGUUUUUGCAUUAGAGACUGACCCCCAAUGGUUACUCUUACUUGUUUUUUUUCUUCUUCUCCUGUGACUGUG